AUGGAACAAAAUGAGACAGAUGAUGGAUAUUUGGUCUUGCUUGGAUUCUCAGAUCAGCCCCGACUGGAGUUUAUUCUUUUUGUGGUAGUCUUGGUCUCUUAUCUUAUGACACUUGUAGGCAAUUCAGCCAUCAUCCUGGUCUCCCGCCUGGACUCCAAACUCCAUACACCCAUGUAUUUCUUUCUCACCAAUCUCUCCCUUCUUGACUUGGGCUUCACUACAAGCACUGUCCCUCAGUUGUUGUGGAACUUGAAGGGACCAGCCAAGACCAUCACAUGGACAGGAUGUGCAAUCCAACUCUAUGUAUCCCUGUCCCUGGGGUCUACGGAAUGUGUCCUCCUCACCAUCAUGGCAUUUGAUCGCUAUGUAGCUGUCUGCAAACCUCUCAACUACACCACCAUCAUGCACUCGUCCUUCUGCAAGGCCUUAGCAGGGAUGGCCUGGCUAAGUGGAAUUGGAAAUAGUCUCAUCCAAGUUACUAUCACCCUUCGUCUGCCUCGCUGUGGACAUCACCAUCUGGAUCACUUCGUAUGUGAAGUGCCUGCCAUGGUCAAGUUGGCCUGUAUUGACACACAUGCGAAUGAGGUCCAACUUUUUGUGGCCACCUUAGUUCUCAUCCUCAUUCCUAUGUUAUUGAUCCUGGUCUCCUAUGGACUCAUUGUGCAAGCAGUGGUCAAAUUGAAGUCAGUGCAAGCAUGGCGCAAGGCCCUGGGGACCUGUGGUUCCCAUCUCAUCGUGGUUUCCCUCUUCUUUGGAACCAGCUCGGUCAUCUACAUCAAACCCCAGAAGUACUAUGGCUACGUUGAGGGCAAGUUUCUCACACUCUUCUACGGAGUUGUGACUCCCACCCUCAACCCCCUCAUCUAUACCCUCAGGAAUAAGGAGGUGAAAGGGGCUAUGAAGAGAUUGUUUAGAAGGAAUGAAAAGUAG